AUGGACUGGAAGACGUUCGAGGCGCUGCUUAGCGGGGUCAAUAAAUACUCUACCGCGUUUGGACGUAUCUGGCUCGCGGUGGUCUUCGUGUUUCGCGUCAUGGUCUUUGUCGUGGCCGCAGAACGCGUCUUUAGUGAGGACCAGAAAGACUUUGACUGCAACACCCGUCAACCCGGCUGCGCCAACGCCUGUUACGACCACUUCUUUCCUUUCUCCCACACCAGGAUCUGGGCAAUCCAGCUCAUCUUCGUCACCUGUCCCACCUUCAUGGUCGUGAUGCACGUGGCGUACCGUGAGGAACGCGAACGCAAGUACCGCAUCACACAUGGUGAAAACGCCCGUCUCUACGACAACACAGGACAGAAGCACGGAGGACUCUGGUGGACAUAUCUCCUCAGCCUCUUCUUCAAGACGGCCAUCGAGGUGGCGUUCCUCUACCUCCUGCAUCUCAUCUACAACAACUUUGACCUGCCGCGCCGCGUCAUUUGCGACCUCUGGCCUUGUCCUAACCAGGUGGAUUGCUACAUCGGCCGGCCCACAGAGAAGAGGGUGUUUACCUACUUCAUGGUAGGAGCGUCGGCUGUGUGUAUAGUGCUCAACGUGUGUGAGAUCUUUUACCUGAUAGCCAUCCGGUUGCUGAGGAUCAGUCAUCGGGGAAGCCUCCAUACCUCCCCCAACAUUAGGUGCUCUGAGCUGGACUGUGAUGGGUGUCAGAUGCUGGCGGCGACAACAGAGUACCAGGAGUGCAACGAGGCCAACUCAUCCAUGGAGAAGAAAAGUACAUCUAUAUUUUGA